UUGUUAUUGAAGCCAGCAGGAUAAUACAGCCAGUUUUGCUUUAACCGUUACCGCAGUGGUUUACCGGACCGAUUGCGUAGUUUGAGCCACCAUGGCGCCACUAUCACUGAAGAUAGUGCUGGACGAGGGCGCGGUAACCAGGACCCUGAUGUUCGACGGCGCUACCAAGAUCAAAGACGCUCACGAAAUUGUCAAAGAUAAGAUUCUUGCCUUGGACCCUAAUAAAGAUUACGGCUUCUUCCUGACAUCAGUGGACAACGACAGUUCUGGAGUUUGGCUGCAAGAAAACAAAACCCUAGAAUACUACAUGAUAAGAGAUGGAGAUUCAUUGUUCUACUUGCCCAAGUUACGGAACCUAAAAGUUCGGAUGUUAGAUGGUGCUGUAAAGACGCUACAAGUGGAUGAAUCACAGAAAAUCGAAGACUUGAUGGUUGUGAUCUGUGAGAAAAUUGGUACCGCCAACCACGAGGAGUAUGGCCUGUGCCGUGAGGAGACGCAGGCUGUAGAGGAAACUGCGAAAUCUCCUAUGGGAACGUUAACAUUGAAAAGGAAGACAAGAGAGAAAGAUGCUCAGCUUCAACAGAUGAGCAAGAAACUAAAAACUGACGACAACGUGGAAUGGCUAGAUCAGCGAAGAACCUUGCGGGAGUUGAGGGUAGAACCAAAAGAUACGCUACUGUUCAAGAGACGCCUCUUCUAUUCUGACCGCAACAUCGACUCCAGAGACCCUGUACAGUUAAAUCUCUUGUAUGUACAGACAAGAGACGCCAUAUUGGAUGGCAGACAGGUCGUCACCGAAGAUAAAGCCGUUGAAUUCGCCGGCAUACAAUGCCAUAUUCAAUAUGGGGACUUUCAAGAGAAAAAGCACAAACCAGGAUUUAUAGAGAACUUGAAAGAGUUUCUGCCAGAGCAGUAUGCAGGCUCGUGGGGUGUGGAGAAGAAAGUCAUUAAGGUACAUCAGAAGCUGAUCGGCAUGAGCACUGUGGAAGCUAAGCAUUUAUACACGAAGACCGCGAGAGAGCUGCCUACUUACGGAGUCACGUUCUUCUUGGUAAAAGAGCAGCAAAAAGGGAAGAAGAAGCUGGUCCAUCGCCUGCUGGGGAUCAACUCGGAAUCGAUCCUGCGACUGGACGAGGGAACGAAGGAAAUUCUGCAGACCUGGCUCCUCACACAAGUCAAGAGCUACACCGCUGGGAAUGAAUCGUUUACAUUGAACUUUGGUGACUACAGUGACAAAAGCUACGUAGUGAAGACGAACGAAGCUCUACGCAUCAAAGACAUCCUCGAGGGCUACAUUGACAUCAUCAGGAAAAAGCUGGCAGCGCCUUUCAACGUCACCCAUGUAGAGGGAGAGGUCAUGUGUGAAGACAUGGUGGAGUCAUCCAAGGGCACUAUGGUGCAGACGGUGGUACCAUCAAAGAUGGUGGAACACUCUCUAGUAGGACCAAGUCAAAUUAUUACUGUAGACCAAGGGCAUAUGUCACAACAAGGAACACAAAUUGUGACGGUACAGCAAAUUAUAACAAGCAUUCGAGGGGACAAGAGCCAACAACCAGUGAAAGGAGAAAUCAGUAUGCGUAGCAACAUCCCUCAGGACUUUGGAAAAAGGCUCAAUCAUCUUAACUCUGAAUGUGUGAAGACCGUGGUCCUGCUAUCGAAUCCUACCAUGGAUAAUCUUCAGCAAGUGAGGAAAAUUAUUGAUGACUUAGAGGAUGGCAUGCCGGGUAUAAUAAAAGGCGUCAAAGAAGUUGCUGGAAACCAGCAUGGCGACUCUACACAGAAGCUUCUAGAAGAACUAGACGAACUGUGCAACUAUAUGAACUUACUAGCUAAUACAACUAGAAGAAGUGAUCUUAGAGAGCCAGAUAACCUGAUGGCAGCUCAAGAUGCUGCGAAGAAAGUUGCAGAAAUUUCCACUCAGAUGUGUUUCUCGUUGGACCCGAAGGCCAAAGGACGCAGUACUCUACUUAUGCGAUCGCGUAACAGCUUCAUCCAAGAUGAGAAGACGGAGGCCUCGCUUCGACGUGCCUCCUUCAUCAAUGCCGCUGAUAACGCUUCGCAAGCUGUGGAGGAAGCGCAGGAGGAAUUGGAUCAACGUUACAAUGGCCCUAUACUGAGUGACGAGGAACUAAGAAGACUAGAAAGCAAAGCAGUUGACCGUAUGGGCAAAUUAAAUUCUGCUAUAGCGCUACUACUCAACGCUCAUGCAGAUCCCAGAAACAUAGAUUACGAAAUGGCAGUAAAUUCGAUGAAAACCAUCAAUGAACUGAUGCCGGAAUUUGUACAAGACGCAAAACCCUUAACCGGCGUUGGAGACAGUAAUUCUGGUAGAGCCCUCAGAGAACAAAUAGGACAUCUCCUGAAUCGCACCGGAACGAUCUGCAGACUCACUGGCUCCCAUGAUAUACAAGCGAUGCAAUUUGAAGGUGACGCAUACGCAAACGUGGCCAAAAAACUUAUAUACACAUUCAGCAGAUCUUACUGCAAGCCCGGUGGAAAUCCUAUGCCUGACGAAGAAAACAAAAUAACACUGCAAUGUAAAGACAUCGAAGAGAAAGCAAACUUGCUGCUUUCGUUUACGAACGAGCUGAUGUCAUUGGAGCAAAACGAUCCGCGCACCAACGAACUGGAGGCUGCAGAACUUAAAUGUAACGACGCUGUUCGAGGUCUUCUAGCAUGUGCUAAGCUGACAGCACCUUCCAUCCACGAGCCUCACUGCCAAAGUGCGUUGACAGCAGCAGUCGAGAACCUCUCAUCAUCAGCUCAGAACCUCGUGCUCUGCAGUAAGCCUCUGGUGGAGAAACCCAACCGACACAAGAUUGGACACCAGUUGUCUGAUGGAUCCUUUAAUCUGGCUAAAGCUUUGGACAAGUUGAAGGAGUUGUACUCCAAUUUCAAUGGCACAAAAGCAGAAGAAAUGGACAUUUGCGCAGAACCAAAUAUACAAGAAGCCAAUCGACUUAGGUUCAUUGCCAGUACAGCAUCAACUAGAAAUGCACUAAUGGAUGCGGAAAGGGAGUUACAAGAGAUCAUGAAAAUGUCUAAGCCAUUGGAAACAAAGUCUACAAAAAGAGAUCCAGCGGUUCAGCGUCUUCUGUCACAGAAACUGGCUCAACUAAAUGCUGCUGUUGCGGCCUUACUACAGGCUACUUUGGACAAAGAGAAUCCUGAUUAUGACACCGCAGAAACAGCAGCAAACACUAUUCAAGAAUUGGCUCCAGAUAUAAUCAAAGAUACUAAAUCAAUGCAAGGGACGAUGGAUGAAAAUUCAUGGAAUGAAAUAACAUCGACACUUGAGGAUAUGCUUGAAGCCACUCGUGGUAUUUGUGUAAAUGCUGAGGAUAGUAACGUUCAGGAAAUGAAUAAUGCUGCAUCCAGAUUUGCCAACUCUUCAGGGAAAUUGGUGUACAUAUUUAAUCCUCGUAAAAAUCCUAAGAAGGAGAAAGAGAUAAUAGAUUUGUCAAGAGCAGCACUCCAAGACACCAGUCAAAUGCUUUCCAAUGUUUAUCUUCUCGCUGAAACGAUUGGAGGAAAAGAUGGUGGCGAUUUAGACAGUGCUGGAGUGAAGGUAGUGGACGCUGCUCAACUAUUACUCAAAACUGCUGAGAUAACAGCACCAAGUAUAGCUGAUGCCCGUUGUCAAGCAACACUAUUGACAUCAAUUGACUCUCUAUCUGAUCUCACGAGAAAGCUUGAAAGCACAUGGAAGCCUCUAGUACAAUCUUCUGAUUAUUGUCAGAUAGUAGAUGAUCUCAAUCGUGAUCUAAACUUAGUUCAAAUUGGACUUAAAAAGUUACGAAGAGCCUGUCAAGAUAAUACUGACGAAGAUGAUAUAACAAAUGGAGAAACAAAUGAGGAUAAGCAACGAGAAAUAAAAAAACUUAAGUUUAUUGCAACAAAAGCAGCUGCUAAAAAUACCUUGACUGAUGCUAAUAAAAACUUAGAUGAAAUAAUGAAAAAGCCUACACCAAAGAAAUCCAAGGAUGAUGUUAAGAAUAUAGACCUUGAAGUUCAACGUCGCAUGUCUGAAAAACUAGCGGAAUUGAAUGCAGCAAUUGCUAUGUUCUUACAAGCUAAUUCUGAUAGACAAAAUCCUGACUAUGAUAAUGCAGAAAUGGCAUUCAAUAAUAUUUGUAAAUUAACUCCAGAUAUAAUAAAAGAUACAGAACAUUUACAUGGAAGUGUUGACGACAAGUCAUGGAAAGAAAUAGCAGAGCAUCUCAAAGCUAUUCUAGAUGCAACACAAGGAAUGUGUUCAAUUUCUCAAGACGGUAAUGUUCAGGAAAUGAAUGACGCUGCUACCAAAUUCGCAAAAUCUUCUGGCAAGUUAAUCUAUAUUUUCAAUCCUUGCAAAAAUCCUAAGAAAGAAGAGCAGAUUUCAGAUUUGUCGAGAUCGGCAGUCGAACAAACUUCCCAGAUGUUGUCCCAUGUGUACCAACUUGCGAAGUCAGUCGGUGAAGAGGAAGGCAACAAGUUGGAUGACGUUGGAGUUAAAGUUGUAGAUGUUGCACAACAACUACUUAAGACUGCUGAGAUUACAGCUCCAAGCAUUUCUGAUGCACGUUGUAAAGAAACUUUACUGUCAGCUAUCGAACGUCUCUCUAAUCGUCUAAGGGAUUUGGAAAAUACAUGGAUGCCUUUAGUAGAGGAACCUUUACAUCGUGCCAUGGGAAAUCAACUCAACAGUGAUUUAAAUUCAGUUAAAACGGUGCUAAAAAAUUUAAGAGAUGCCUGUCUAGAAGGUGCUAGGAAUAAUGUUCCUGCCGCUGCUGAAAUUGGUACAAAUGAAGUGCAAGAAAGAAAGAGACUUAAGUUUCUUGCUACAAAAUCAGCUGUUAAGAAUUCUAUAACUGAAGCUGAAAAACAAUUGGAUGAAAUAAUGAGAAAACCUGUAUCGAAAGUCUAUGAUAAAUCCAAGGAUAAUAUUAGCACAACAAAUCCAGAAGUUCGACGUCGUAUAUCUGAAAAACUUGCGGAAUUGAAUGCAGCAAUUGCGAUUUUAGUGCAAGCUAGUUCUGAUAAUAACAAUCCCGACUAUGAGACUGCAGAAAAAGCAAUCAAUAAUAUUUACAAAUUAACUCCAAACAUAAUUAAAGAUACGGAACAUUUACCCGGGAAUUUGGACGACAAGUCAUGGAAAGAAAUAGCAGAUAGUCUCAGGAGUAUUCUAGAUGCAAUACAAGGAAUCUGUUCUAAUUCUCAAGAAGGUGAUGUUAAGGAAAUGAACGAUGCAGUUUCAAAAUUCGCAGAAUCAUCUGGCAAGUUAAUUUAUAUUUUCAAUCCUCGAAAAAAUCCUAAGAAAGAAGAACAGAUUUCAGAUUUAUCAAGAUCCACCGUUGAGCAAACUUCUCAGAUGUUGUCUCGCGUAUACCAACUCGCGGAAUCAGUUGGAGGUGAGGAAGGCAACAAGUUGGAUGACGCUGGAGUUAAAGUUGUAGAUAUUGCACAACAACUACUAAAAACUGCCGAGAUUACAGCUCCAAGCAUUUCUGAUGCACGUUGUAGAGGAACUUUGCUUUCAGCUAUUGAACGUCUCUCUAGCCAUCUUAAGGAUUUGGAAAAUACAUGGAUGCCAUUAGUAGACGAACCUAAACAUCGUGAAAUUGGAAAUCAGCUCAAUCAUGAUUUAAAAUCAGUCAACAUGGUGCUUAAUCAUUUAAAACAGGCUUGUCUGGAGGAAGCUGGUAACGAUGAUCCUACCGCUAGUGAAAUAAGAAAAGAUGAAAUGCAAGAAAGAAAAAGACUUAAGUUUAUUGCUACAAAAUCAGUUGCUAAAAAUGCACUAAUUGACGCUGACAAACAAUUGGAAGAAAUAAUAAAAAAGCCUAUGUCAAAGAAAGUAAAGGGCAAUAGUAAUAGUACACAUCCAGAAGUUAAACGGGAUCUCUCCAAAAAACUAGCUGAGUUGAAUGCAGCAAUUGCGACUUUAUUGCAAGCUAGUUCUGAUCAUGAUAAUCCUGACUAUGACAGUGCAGAAAUAGCUAUCAAUGAAAUAAGUAAAUUAACUCCUGGCAUAAUUAAAGACACAGAAUAUUUACAUGGUUGUAUGGACGAGAAGACACUAAAAGAAACAUUAGACCAUCUCAAAGCUAUGCUAGAUGCAACACGCGAAAUUUGUUCUAAUUGUCAAAAGAGGGAUGAUUUUAAGGAAAUGAAUGAUGCAGCAUCCAAAUUUGCAAAAUCUUCUGGCAAGUUAAUCUACAUUUUCAACCCUCGUGUAAAUCCUAAGAAAGAAGAGCAAAUUUCACUUUUGUCAAGAUCCGCUGUGGAGCAAACUUCUAGGAUGCUGUCACAUAUUUACCAACUUGCUGAAUCAGUUGAUGAUGAGUAUGGUCAUAAACUAGAUGAUGUUGGCGUUAAAGUUGUGGAUGUUGCACAACAAUUACUUAAAACUGCUGAGGUUACUGCACCAAGCAUUGCUGAUACACGUUGUAGAACCGCUCUAUUGGCAGCAAUUGAACGUCUUUGUGACCAACUACGGAAAAUGGAAAGUACAUGGAAACCCUUAAUAAAAGAACAUCAUCAAACUGGUGAUCAGCUCAACCAUGAUUUGAAUUUGAUUAAAAUUGCGCUGGAUAAAUUGAAAGAUGCCUGCAAUGAUGAUAACGGAACCGACACAGCGCAUCCAGAAACACAAAGAUUAAUGUUUAUAGCCACUGCAUUAAAAGCGAAAAAAGCAAUGAUAUCGGCAGAAAAAGAACUGAAAGAUAAAAUGCCAGUAAAAGCAAUCGACAAGUCGGAAGUCGCAGCUAUGAAACGAUCUCUAUCACAAAGACUGGCUCGUUUGAACUCCACUAUAGCGUCAUUGGUGCUGGCUACGGCAGAUGAUGAUAAGCCAGACUAUAAUGUAGCUACACGAUCGAUUGAUACAAUAACUCACCUCACACCUGAUAUAAUAAAAGAUGUGAAAUCAAUUAAAGGUGAUAUUGACCAAAAUUCUUGGAAUAUUGUGGAGGAAAACCUCAAUGAUGUUGUAGUAAGAACACAAGACAUCUGUAGACACGUUGAAGAUAACAACCCACCGGAGCUACAAGAAGCAGCUUUCAAAUGUGCAAAAUCUGUAGGUCGACUAAGCUACGUCUUUGGUCCACCGCCUGACACAAAAAAGGAAAAUCAGAUUCUGGAUCUUUCCAGAUCUGCCGCUGAACAGACUUCUUUGAUGCUAUCUGAUGUACAUCAGUUAGCAGAUAAAAUUGGUGGAGACGCCGGCAAAAAACUAAACAACACUCGAGUUCAAGUGGUUAAAGCCUCGAAAAUACUGCAAAAAACCACUGAGAUUCUAGCUCCAACUAUAAGUGAUGCAUAUUGCCAAGAAACUCUCAUAUCUUCUGUAGAUGACCUGUCUAAACUUUCUGAAGAACUGAAGGGUAUUUGGAAGCCAAUAGUUCAGGCACCCCAGCUACGCCAAACUGGUGACCAGCUCGAAGAAAAUCUCAAGCAUGUUCAUUCGACACUGGAUAAGUUAAGAAAAGCUUGUCAAGAAACUGAGGAUUCACAAGCCGCUAAGCCUAUUCACAUAAACGUACAACAUGCUAAAGAUAAAAUUAAAGAAGCAGAAAAAAUGUUCUUAGAGGACAAAAUGGUUGAACUGCCAGCCAACGAAUGUUUGGAUAAACCUGGAACAACUAUAAAACCUAUCACAGAACAGAGAGAACAAAUAUCACACAAAAUAGGAGCAUUGAAUGAAGCUAUGGCGCGACUUUUACAAGCCAUGUUAGAUAUCAAAAAUCCUGAUAAUAUUCAAAGAGUUGAGCAGUCUAUUGAUGUUAUGUCGGAAUUAACUCCAGAAAUUGUUAAAGGAACUAUAGCUCUCCAGCGAAACGUGGAUGAUGAUUCCCGUCAAGUAUUAUUUGAAGAGACAAAAGCUUUAUGUAUGGCAAGUCAAGCGGUUUGCGAUAGUGUUGAAAAAUGUAAUAUGGAGGAACUGAAUAAUGCCGCCAGUCAGUACGCUCAAACUUCAAGAAAGCUACGCUACAUCAUCAGUCCUCGCACUUAUCCUAACAAAGAAAAGAAGAUAUUAGAUAUGUCACGGUCAGCUUGUGAAAGGACAUCGCUGAUGCUCUCCCGAGUGUCUCGUUUAGCUCAAUAUAUUGAGAGGGAAAAGAGAAUUGAACUUGAUACUUCUGGAGCCAAGGUGGCUAAUGCUGCACAAGUUCUCUUAAAUAACGCUCAGAUUACUGCAUCGUCAAUCAAUGAAAAGAAUUGUCAAUCAGCUUUGAUGUCAACGGUUGAUACAUUAACGGAGCAAACUCAAGAUCUCAAGGAGAUCUGGGUGCCGCUGACUCAGCAAGCAGAACAAAAGGAAAUUGGAGAACAGCUACGUAGAGACCUACGUUUGUUGCUCACUGAACUUGAUAAAAUUAAAACAGCUUGUCAAGAUGAUACAGAAGAUGCCCCAAUGGUAGUUCAACACCAAGGAAGCUCUCAUGCUAAACCAAAGCAACCAGACAGAGACAAUAUUGAUAACCUACUGGAAGAUAUACAAAAGAAUGUUAAGGAAGGGAAUACGCCGGAAUACAAUAAAGUUACGGAACGAUUAACAAUUGAAGAUAAUCCUCUCAGAAGUUUGGCUUCAAAAAUUUUGGAUUCAGUAACGGCAAAAUCAAAGUCAAAAUCUAACAAUAUUUCACCGAAUGAGCAAAAUGAACUGAUCGCAUUUUCAAAGGAAUUGCAGGGUGCUAUUAAAUCCUUAGAUAUUACUAAUGCAAAAUGUCGCAAUGAUCCACUUGAUCCGAGAAAACGUCAAGAUCUUGAAAAUGCAAUAAUGAAUCUUCAGCAAAUAUGUUUGCUCUCGCGUCGUAAAAAUGGAGAACAAAAUAACAUCAUUGAUUUAGCGGACUACAUUGGAGAUGUUACAGAAACUAUUGAUACUAUCUCUAACGUAUUAGGUGGUAUAAAACGGGAACAUGGAAAUGAUGCAUUAAUGGAUAUAAAGGAAGCGUGCGAAAGAAUAAAUGAUAAUGCCGGGAAAGUAUUGAACUUAGAAGAAGAACAGCUGGCAGAGGGAACUAUUAUAGACGAUAUGCUAAAAAUAGAUCAAUUCGCUACGGGUUGUGAAAAUGAAGUGAAACGGAUGAAUUUGGCUGUGUCUAAAAUAAAUGAUGAUAAAGCAAGAGAAACACUGAAAAAUGAACUUCAGUCUCUAGCAUGUUGCUGUGAUCUAUUAAGAUUUGCGACAAAGAGCAGCAUUUCAAGCGCAAAAAGUGCUACAUUGGAUGAAGGAUUGCAGAAUUUGGAGGACGUUGAAAAGAAAAUCGAAAUCAUAUUGAAACCUACUGAAGGAGAUAAAGUUGAAGUGGCGGAUGCAAUUAGUAAACCAGGAAUACAAGCAGCGCAGACAGCUUUAGCUACAUCAGUGGCAUCAGGUAACGAAACUGAGCUGCCCAAAGCAUUGGUGAGAUAUGCUGUCCAAAUGAGAGGAAGCGGUGCCGGUCAUCAGAAAUUCAGGCUGAAAGAUCAUCUACAGAAAUUGUUAGAUUUAUUGAAAACACAUGCAGUUGUGAUGUGUCGACGUGUUGCUACAUGGCAAGAAACACAAGGUCCUGAAACUACAGCAACAACCGAUAAAGUUUUAGAGGAGUUGAAAUCAUUUGCGGAAGAAGUUGAGAAAUCACAAACCCAAAAAGGUUCAUCAAGUCAAGUACAAAUAAUAAGAGACAGUGAUGUUAAGAAUUUACUUACACCAAGUGAAUCUACUGUGACUGGAGAUCAAAAACAUCUUAAUAAUAAACUGCAGCAACAGAUUCAGAAAUUGAACUCUAUAUCCGGCACCAUAGCGCUCAGUUUACAUAAACCAGAGUCACUGAGUAGAAGCCUUCACACCACUUCUGACGCUGCUCAACAAUUAGCAGCUAUAGCUAGAGGAAUUAAGAGUGAGGAUCCUGUACAGAAUAAACGAAUAGAAGAAGCUGUACAAGAAAUGAGCAUAGCUACUUACAAUUUAUUAAAAACAUCGGAAGCAUCUUGCAAUUCAUCAAAUCCUAUUGAUUCAAGACGAAGAUUGCUAGACGCAUGUAGAUUACUCAAUGAAGCAAUAAACAAACUGGGUCGUGCAGCGUUCCCAGCAGAUAAACUGAAGAACGAGUGCGGUGAGAUGAACAGGAAUCUUCAGCUGCAACAGACGUUCUUACAAGCUGAAAGCCCUACCUGCGCCCUCAGUUACGCAGACUGCAUCGACGCUUUGAACAACCAAAAUGAUGUCAUACAAAAACUCCGGUCAGAAGAGUCUAUCCCGCGGACGGAUAUGACCACUUCCCUCCGCUAUGUAACGUCUUCUGUCUGCAACAGCGCUGAAUUUGCUGCUCAAAGUGCUUAUCUGCUAUCACUAUCUGAUGCAGACCAGAGCUCAGCAAAGCAUGGUGUAAUAGAUUUAGCAAGAUUAUACAAAGUAACUGAAGCUACCGAAGACACGUGUCUACAAAUUAUUUGUGCUGGCCCUGGAGAGCAGGCUGCAGAACUAAAUGGCUGUCUUAUGAAACAAGUUCAACAGUUACAAGAAGCGAUAGAUGACGCCAGUGAUAAAGUGAAAGCGGACACUAAACACCCACUGAUUGCUAAUUCAAGGGAAUUGAAGUCUGCUCUCAAUACAUUACAUGGUGGAGUACAUCUACCAACAUUAAAGGAGGAAGACUUCACGUUAAAGAUAAUGAAACAUUUAGACACGAUAAGGAAAAUCAACGCCAUAAUCAAGAGAGUCCCUCAAUCUACAUUAGACAAGGAUCCUAAGAAGACCAGUAUGUCUACAGAAGUAAUUGAUCAUACCAAGAGUCUCCUAACUAGCACUUCGAUGAUGGUAAAGAAAGCAAGCUCAUCAGAAGAGAAGAUGGUGGCGUGGACGAUGUUUGGUAGCAGUGACGUCAUCAAAGCGUUUGAGGCACUUAUCACUUGCAUCAGAGAAAAGGGUGCUGAGGCAGGCUUCAUAGAACCACUAAAAUCUCAAGAGGAUCAAGAUGUCACACCCAAAAGCUUUGUGCAAAAACAGGUGGAUUUAGUAAAUUCUUGGCUCCGAAAACCAGCUUCGAAAGACAAAGAUAAGGCAGCCGGAGUGAAAGCGGCAGAACACGUGAUGGCUUUAGCAGAACAGAUGUGCGAAGAUCUGACAGGAACUGAGAAAGAAGAGAUGAAGCAUAUGAUUGCGGAGACCAAGCAACUGCUGGACGAUUGUACUGUCAAAUACAAUAGCGAUAAAGCAUACUUGCUUUUAGAGCGUUUGAAGGAACUGCGUAAGAUGUUAGAAAAGGGAGUAGUGACGAGAGUCGUUGAAGACUUCCUGGUUGACAUCCCUCUGGACAACUUAGACACAUUGCAGCAAGAAACAGACACAAGGAAACGCAAAUUCCUACUGCAGAAGAAAAUAGCUGAGCUUCUGGCGCAGUUGGGCCGAGUCACCAAGACGGCCAGGCUCGUGGCUGACACCGGUACAGCUCCGAGACACGAGCUCUCCACUACUACUGAAAAGGUUGAACUCCUGGCUCCAGCAUUAGUCAAAGCAGCUCAAGACAGGAUCGAAAGUCCAGAUGACAAGGAUUCGACAAAGCAUUACGAGGAUCUGUUGCAACAAUACGCCCAAUCAUUGGCCAACGUGCGGGACCUUUGUGACCAGGCUGUCGAUCCUAUUGACUUUGCCCAAGCCGCCGGAGAAACAAUGCAUCGCAUCAAGGAAGAGUCCACUGUGCAUACCAACGAUCCGCAGAAAAGCGUUUACACCUCCAAAGUUAUUUUGAAACUAGGUAACCGAGUAGUGAAGGCGGGAAUGAAGUCCUCGCUGGUGCAGCACGACCCAGAGCUGAAGGAGACCCUGGCAAGGAUCGACCAGACCGUUACCGCCAAGUAUGACGAUGUGAAGAAGGCUGAUUGGGGCGAUGUUAUGGCUGAGAUAAUGAAGAAGACCAGUGAAGUGGAGUCGGCUCUGGGCGGAGAGAACAUUUUCCUGAAGCAAUCGGAGGCUAAUCAGCCCAUUUUCGCGGCGGCUCUUGACCUACACGCCGCAGUACGCGAGUGGUCCGCGCGCGAUAAUGAGAUCGUUGCCGUCGCGAAACGCAUGGCCGUUCUGAUGGCCAGGCUCUCGGACUAUAUGAAUACAGAAAACAAGCGUGAACUGCUGCACACCUCAAAGUCCAUCGUAUCUGAGUCCAGAGAAGUAGCAGCCCUGGCCAAGAAGCUGGCCUUAGAAUGUACCGACAUGAGGAUUAGAACGAAUCUGUUGCAAGUGUGUGAGCGGAUACCUACAAUCAGUGGUCAGUUGAAGAUGUUGACCACCGUCAAAGGAUCGUCGUUUGGGCAAGGAAGUAAAGAGGACAAGGAAGCGAUGACCAUGCUCGUGGGAAAUGCGCAGAAUCUCAUGACAAGUAUACAAGAAGUGGUGAAAGCGGCCGCCAGUGCCUCAGUGAAGAUCAUGUCCCAGCGAGGGUGCCGCAUGAAGUGGGUCCGAAGACACUUUUACUGAUGAUGAAGAAGAUAUACUUAGUGAUACUGAAGUUUCUAAAUUAUCUAGUUUCGUAUUCGUAUUAUACCGUAUUUCGUAUUCGUACCAUGGGUGUACCGUUUGACUGAGACGGCUCGUGAGGUAGGGUGCAAGCGAUCAGUUCCUUGAAUUUCAGGGUUCCGUAGGUACCCAAAGGGAGCUAACGGAACCUAUUACUGAGCCUCCGCUGUCCGUCGCUCCGAUUGUCUGUCAGCGGGAUGUAUCUCAUGAACCUUAAUAGGUAGAGAACUGAAAUUCAUGGAAUGUGUAUUUCUAUUGCCGCUAUAACAACAAAUACUAAAAAUUUCAAAUAUGUCGCUUUAAAAAUUUAAGUGUUAUUUCUUGUAAGAUGGUACUGAACCCUUUCUUUACGAUUCCGACCCAGACUUGACCGAUUUUAUGCCAAGUGACACAUGCAGGCAAGUUGCAACCCGCGUUCUACAUCAUAAGCCGUCUAUGAAUGCCCCUACCUAUACGAUACGAAUAGUUAGAGGUCUUAUGUGCAUUUAAAAGUCAGGGUAAAUAAAUAAAACAAUAGUUUUUAAGUGUAGUUUUGUAUAAAAAAUCUUUAUUCCUACCAAACUUAAUAAAAAUAUUUUUGCCACAUUUCUGGGUUACUUAUUUAAAGUUCACACUUAAGUACACACUAACCAAACCAAAGGAAUGCUUUAUUUCUGGAUAGGUUCAUUCAAUCGUAAGUAUAUGUAUGUUAAUGGAUGUAUGAGUAUGGUUAUUUUAAUUCGUUUUUAGGGUUCCAUGCCCUGAAGGGUGCCCACUCCCUGUCCGUCCGUCCGUCCCUGGCUAUACCUAGCUGCUGUCAGCAGGCUGUAUCUCGUGAACUGUAGAAAGUUGAAAUUUUCACAGAAUGUGUAUUUUCUAUUACAGCUACAGUAACAAAAAUACUAACAAGUUCACAAAUAACCACUAUGUAUUAUUUUUCAUAUAUAAUUUGGUCUUUCUUUGAGUCUCAAUGACAUGAAUAAAUAUAUUCAAAUUAUAAGGCAAACACUUUAGUUAUCACAAGUGUAAAU